AUGGCACGAACGACACCGGGGUCUGGACAGCAGCUGAUGGGGUCACCAUCGCUACGUGCUGCGUGUAGACCAAGUGGGAAGGAGCGGCUUACCCAGGCAUCGAUACCGUUGUUGUUGUUGACGUCACCGGGCCAUGAGUCACUGGUGCAGCCAGGUAGUACAGCAGACCCUGAAUGCUUGGCAUGCCCGAAAGCCCCAAUGAGUGCCAGACCUGCCCAAGGUGUGACUGAGGCAGUCACACCUGAGGAGGCAAAGGUCGGGUUUAAGAAUGACCUUAAAGAUACAGUCACAGACUUAAUACAAAUUAGUUGCCUUAUAGAUAUUUUCUUUGUAUAUGUUGAUUAUUUAACAACAUUAGAUAAUGAAGGUGAUUCUUCUGACUCUGAGUAUGAAGACAUUGAGGAAGAUGAUGAACAAGAUAUCAGGAAGGGACAAACUGAACAGAAUUCUAAACCAAAGGUUAAUGGCAUUGCACCCAGUAUGAAUGACAGCAAUCAGGACUCUGAAGAAGAUGAAGAUGAUGAAUCAGAUGAGAGUGAAUCAGAGGAAGAAGAGGAUGAUGGUGUCGAUAGCCUCGCUGAAGACUCUGACAGCUCUGAUGAGAAGAAAGUGAAAGCAAAGAGAAAGAAAGUGAAACCCCAAAUACCAGAUGAAUAUGAAUAUGAUUCAUCUGGAGAGGACCUUCGAAAUACUAUUGGUAACAUACCCAUAAAUUGGUAUGAUGACUAUCCUCAUCUUGGAUAUGAUUUAGAUGGUAAACCCAUUCUUAAACCAGACCAAGGGGAUGCUUUAGAUAAAUUCCUCAACAAAUUAGAAAACCCAGAUUUUAAUCGUACUGUGUUUGACAAACUGACAGGACAAGAAGUUCGACUGAGUGAUGGAGAUCUUGAUAUAGUCAAACGUAUUAUGGGUCGUAGAGUACCUGACAAGAACUUUGAAAUGUAUCCCAAAUUUCUUGAUUUAUUCUCACAUGAAGUCAUGGAGAUGCCUUUGUCAGGGCGGCCUGAGCAUAAAAGAUCAUUUAUUCCUUCAAGAGCUGAAGCUGCUUAUGUAGCUCGAAGAGCAUUACUCAUCAGGAGAGGACUCAUUACUUAUAAUAAGGAGAAGAAAGAAAAAAAGGAUGACUUCAGUUAUGACCUGUGGCAUGAUGAAGGCACGAAAAUGAGAGGUGUCUACAAUCACAUGCCUGCACCAAAAAGGAAGUUACCAGGCCAUGGUGAAUCCUACCACCCACCUCCAGAAUACCUCCCAACCCAUCCAAAGCUGCUAAAGGAAAGAACAUUUUCAUGUCUUCGUCAUGUUCCUGCUUACAAACGAUACAUUCAAGAACAAUGGGAUAGAUGUCUUAAUCUUUAUUUAGCUCCUCGCCGUAGAACCAUGAGAAUUCAAGCCAGCUCCACUGAUCUCAUACCAUUAUUACCAAAACCUCAAGAUCUUCGGCCAUUCCCCACUCAAGAAGCUAUUGUGUUUACUGGUCAUAAAUCUAUCAUAAGAACCAUUGCUGUCCAUCCUCUUGGCAAGUACUUAGCAUCUGGCUCAGAUGAUCACACUGUUAAAAUAUGGGAAGUGAGCACAGGUCGCUGUCUGAGAAGUUUUGAUGUAGAAGGAGCUGUGAAACAUGUGUCAUGGAACCCAAGCAACAAACUAUUUUUGUUAGGUAUUGUGUUUGAGAAAAAUGUGGUCUUCUUAAACCCAGAAACUUACCUUGUGGACAAAGUGGUUGUUAAUCAAACAAACCAGAUUUUCAAAUAUGAACCUGAUCAAGGAGACUACAUUCGGCCUCAACGUGUGAUGUCAGCUGUUAAGUGGAGGACUGCCUCUGCUGAUGAAUGGGCCAAAGGUUACAGAAUUAUAGUGGAGCAUUUCAGAUUUGUCAAACAGAUUGUAUGGCACAAACAGGGUGACUAUUUUGCAACUGUUAUUCCUGAAGGUGAUCAUCGUUCUGUACUAAUGCAUCAGCUUAGCCGUUGGAGAUCACAGGUUCCUUUCAACAAAUGUAAGGGGCGUGUUCAGACAGUUGCUUUCCAUCCAAAACUUCCAUUUUUAUAUGUUGUGACCCAGAGCCACAUACGUGUGUACAAUCUUUUGAAGCAACAAAUGACAAAGAAAGUUCAGGCAAAUUGUAGGUGGAUAUCCUCAAUAGCUGUGCACCCAGGUGGAGAACACUUCUUGAUUGGAGGAUAUGACCGCAAGAUGAACUGGUUUGAAAUGGAAUGCACAAGGAGGCCUCAUGCCCUGAGAUAUCACAAAUCAGCUAUCCGAAGUGUUGCUUUUCACCGAAAAUAUCCCCUCUUUGCUUCUGCUGCUGAUGAAGGAAGGGUAGUGGUGUCUCAUGGAAUGGUCUACAAUGAUUGGAUAAAGGAUCCCCUGUUAGUACCACUGAAGGAGUUGAAAGGUCAUCGAUUCUUUGAUGGUCUAUAUGUACUCGACGUAGCAUGGCACCCAUAUGAACCAUAUAUUUUCACAGCUGGUGCUGAUGCAACAAUAAGAUUAUGGCAUUAAGAAAAUUUAUCAUUAAUUGUAAAUGUUAUUUUCAGUAUACUGAAUUUUACUGUAAA